CGGUGUGACAUAAGAUUCGUUAAAAAAUGAUUGUUUUUCAAUUGCUUCGUUAAAACACCAGCGGGCCAAGCAGUGGCAAGAAAACCUUGACAAAAUCCUUCAGCUGUCCAGCGGGCAACGAACGGCACGACGGUCGGCCCCAGUAGGAGCAAAGUUAGUUUAGCUGAUUAAGUGACCGUUCGGUACAUUUCACUACUAUAGUUUUUGCCACACCACUGUUAAAAAAAACAAAGAUUCAAGAUCUAUGUAAGCUUCUGGAGCGAAGAAAGCAGGGAUUCCGCCCCCAGUAUUCGUGUGCUGCGAUUUUGCGUUCAUUUCCGCAAUGGACAAAGAACAUGAAGUUUUGCUCAAUGCGUUUGUGAUAGCCAAGAAGCGGUAUCGUGUGUUCUAUAACGCGGGCAUCCUAGUGUGGGAAGAUGAAUCUUCCAAGAAAGCCAAAACGACCGUACCGAUAGCGGAUGUACUUUCGGUGGCCGUAUCUAAACUCCCCCACGCCAAUGGCAAACAAUGGAUGAAACGCAGCAAAACACCACCGUCAGCACCAGCGGCAGUGCCAAUAGCACGGAAUGAAGCCCACGGCAGCCUAGACAGCGAUCGUAUUCCAGUGCUGUCGGGCUCAACCACAACCAACACGCUUGCGACGAACGCUAGCAACAACAUUCCGCACAAUCACAGCAAUCGAGGCAGUCUGAAUGAAUUAUCCGACUCGAACGACGAUCGCCGGGAAACGAAUGAAUACUUUGAUGCUGGGAUCCAAGCGGGAAAUUUCAACUAUUUAAUCAUCCAUUAUGCUGCACUUGUUUGUUCGAAAAGCAAUCGUUGGCGUGUGAAAUCGGUUGCCUUGCACAACAGCGAACAUCGUAUCGUGGAACUGUGGUACAAUCGUCUUUCGAGCGAUCUAAAAGAUCAAAACCGGCCCAAAAAUUUGCUUCUGUUUCUGAACCCUUACGGUGGCAAAAAGAAUGCGCUGGUCCUGUACGAACGGUUUGCCAAGCCACUGUUCCGGUUGGCCGAUGUUGACAUUAAUUUAAUUAUAACACAACGCGCUCAACAGAUCUUCGAUAUCAUCACCUCCAAGAGUAUCGCGUUGGACAAUUAUGAUGGGCUGGUUUGCUGCGGUGGUGAUGGCACGUUUGCCGAACUGUUCAAUGGAUUGGUCACGCGUACGAUGAUAGAUCACGGUAUCGAUGUGAAAUAUCCGCCGUUCCUACCGAAACCUAACAUUCCGAUCGGCAUCAUUCCUGCCGGCAGUACCGAUACGGUGGCCUGCUGUCUGAACGGUACCACCGACAUAAAGACUUCGAUUAUACACAUCAUACUGGGACAACACAGCGGCCUUGACAUAUCUGCCAUCUACGAUGCGGAUGCUGUUGCACGGCAUGAUGAUGAGUCACCGUCCUCGACGGGCAAACCGCGACCCCAGCUGCUGAAACUGUUCGCCAGUGCUCUGUCGUACGGUUACUUGGGUGACAUUGCGUACGAUAGUGAAAAGUAUCGCUGGAUGGGACCAAAGAGAUACGAUUAUUCGGGAUUUAAGAAAUUUCUCGCCAAUCGAGGUUACAAUGCAGAAAUUGUAGUACAGCUUGAUCGACGGGGAAAGCAAGAUCCCAACGAUGGUAUCCGCUGCCUGGACAAAUGUAAUCGCUGUAAAAAGGCUUUUCGUGGACAGGGUAGUGAAGACGGUGGCACUAGCUUCGAAGAUACUGACACGGAGCCACUGGUAGUGCGAGGAAAGUUCCUUAUGGUGAGCGGUGCUAACAUUUCUUGCUCGUGCGAACGAAGUCCACAGGGAUUUUCGCCUUACUGCCAUCUGGGUGAUGGAUUGCUAGAUUUGGUGCUUGUACGUCAUACAUCGAUGUUUAACAAUCUACGACUCCUGCUGACAAUGACAUCGAAAACGAAGAAACUUAGUGAACUACCGUUUGUGGAAAUUUAUCGUACGAAAGAGUUUCGGUUCAUGGCAAACCGUCAGACAGAGCUGAAUGGGGGUGAAGUUGCACCAGCAAUAUCCUCCGAAACAAUGCGGCGCUCGAAAUGGAACUGUGAUGGAGAAGUUUUGCUGAACACGAAUAUAGUCGUUGAGUCCAAUUGCCAGUUGAUACAAGUUUUUAGACGAGGAAUCUUACCUACUGGCAGUACCGGUCAUGGUGGAUCGGAACAACGCAAUGCUUUGGAUACGGACGAUAAAGAAUCCUGCUGUUUUGGCCUAUGUAACUAAGUUGGACUUCUCUUGCCGGGUAGUUUGUUUUGAUUCGAUUUCGACAACUAGUAUUCAACUGGGGAAUUCAGUUUUACAACUGUGCCUGUGUCUAUUAAGUGCCGCAACCUGUAUGGCAAAUUAGUUCUUUUGUAUUGCUAUCUUAGUUCCUUCUUUCUGAAGCUGUAUCGUAAACGAUAGACUGUGAUCAUAUCUUUAUUAUUAUUUGUAUUACUCUCUAUAACUACUGCAGCAGCUGUUACAGCGCACACGAACACUGCUAUAACGGACGAAAAUUUCUUAUCAGAAGGAAUUAUUUUGAAAAUCAAUUUGUUCGAACAAACCAUUUCAUAUGGAAUAGGAUAGGCGUACCGCUUUUAACAUAAUUCAUCUUGCCGAGAUUUUUUGUUUUGUUUUAUAAGACACCUUCAACGUUUAAGCAAUUUUAGAGUGUGUAAAAUGGACAAUAUCAUUAGAAAGAUGAAUGUUAACGAUUAGUAACACAAGGUACGAUUCAUCAUCAUACCCAAGGACUUAACGAGAAUUUGCAUUUGCUCAAUCGGAACGGAAUUGGAAAUUGACCUUUGGUGUAGUUGUAUUUUAACAUAUUCAUACAGUUCGUGUCAUCUGGACAUUGUGCACACGAUAAAGUCGUGCUCAAAAUAAGGAAAUAAUUAUUUUGGAAACAAAAAAAAAAACUACAACUACAGCAAACAAUUGAUGAUGCGCUUAGGAGACGUUAUAAAACAAGCUGCUCAAAACAUCUACACAGCGUUCGGUUCAAUUUAACUGAAAGUAUCUUACGAACGAAAACUGUUGAACUAAUAUUCUUAACGGUUGUUCCACUGGUGAAACUACGGUUCCUUCGCAGAGCAAUAAGUAUUUCCCUUUUGUAGUAUUGUAGUAUUCCGAAUGUAGUAAAGCAAUAUAGCGCCUGGUUUUUGGGCCCAUUCAUGCAAUAAUCGGGAAAAUGAUUACCUUACAACGUAGAGCUUAACGAUUGCAGAAUCGCCGUAACCUUUUCUUUUUUACCUUGAUCACAAGUAAUCGCUAGUAUGAAUUUUCGUUCCAUGUACAUAAUACUAAUACAACUGUCAAGUAAAAGCAUUCCAGAAGUCAGAUUGUAUUUUCCUUUCCUAUUACUUUCUAUCUGCCAUGUGAUGAUUAUAUUUCCUUUCGUCAAUUAUGUCGCAAAUGGUGUGAGAAGCAAUAAUGUUUAAUGGACUAACACAACCACUUAGAUCAAUAGAAAUGGGCUCGGACCGAAUGAUUCUAUACGAUAGCGUAGGUUAGAAAUGUAAUCUUUAAUGAAAAAAAUAAUUGUGAUUUAUUUGGAAUGGGGUCUGAUAGAUUCAGUAGAAGGAUGUAACAAAGUAGAACUCACAAAGACUUGAGCUCAUUCCCCGAUUGCGGUAGGGCGAAGGAAGAAGCUGCCUUAAAAACAGAGGAAAGAUAAAUGUAAUUCGGUAGCGUGUAAAUUCUUUUUCUAGACUCUUGCGUAAGGGAUUGAAAUAGGUGAACCAUUAUGAUGCUCAAUGCUAAUAAAAUCAAAUUUCCUACAACGGUUUAUUGUACAAUA